ACCUAAACUGAACGCAUGAGCAUAUGACGGCGCCAGUCCUUUGACCCCAUUUUGGACAUCGCAGGACUGUUUUAUACAGCUACUUGCUAAUGUUGAUCAAUUAGCUAUUGCUUUAAUUUGUUGACCGGCCAGAGACACUAUCAUUGCUAGCUAGCUUCCAGACUCAUCUGCCGAGGGGGUCUUAUUUCCUUAGCUGGAUCUUGACAUUGUUCAAGUUGUGGUUGCUAACUAGCUAGCAGCAGGGCCCAUUUUAGAUGCAGAUUGCUUGUUUCAGGAAACUUGCAUUUUCUCGUUGAUUCAAUUACCACAGAUACAAUUGAUUAUUCGCCGAGCCUAGGUACUGAGUUGAUUGUCCAUAGUGUCCUUCGGACAAAUGGAUGGCGAAGAGGACGAAUUCUUCUCCGGGAACCACUCUGAUGGUGGUGGCACCCCGGUACAGGACGAACAUGCUCCUGGUUCAGAUGGGGAAGAGGAGAUGAGGAAUGAGCCACGCCACUCUGAGGAUGAGAAUAAUGAUGGUGAGGGAGCUGCUCAGGCCAUGGAGACAAACGGCGUGGCCAGCGGGUCAGACAACAAGUGCCCCGAACGGGCGGACGGGGACUCUGAAGGGGAGUCCCCUGGGCCUGCAGACAGCGAUAACAAGGAGGAGUCCCCGCCCAAACGCGGAGGCAGCACCUCCGACAUAGAGAAGUCCCCGCCCAAACGGGGAGGCAGCACCUCCGACAUAGAGGAGUCCCCGCCCAAACGCGGAGGCAGCACCUCCGACAUAGAGGAGUCCCCGCCCAAACGCGGAGGCAGCACCUCCGACAUAGAGGAGUCCCCGCCCAAACGGGGAGGCAGCACCUCCGACAUAGAGGAGUCCCCGCCCAAACGGGGAGGCAGCACCUCCGACAUAGAGGAGUCCCCGCCCAAACGGGGAGGCAGCACCUCCGACAUAGAGGAGUCCCCGCCCAAACGGGGAGGCAGCACCUCCGACAUAGAGGAGUCCCCGCCCAAACGGGGAGGCAGCACCUCCGACAUAGAGGAUUCCCCGCCCAAACGCGGAGGCAGCACCUCCGACAUGGAUGAUCCCCCGCCCAAACGCGGAGGCAGCACCUCCGACUUGGAGGAUUCCCCGCCCAAACGCGGAGGCAGCACCUCCGACAUGGAGGAGUCCCGGCCCAAACGCGGAGGCAGCACCUCCGACAUGGAGGAGAAAGAAACCAAACGGGAUGCAGCCGGGAGCGACUCUGAGAACGAGAAUCGGCCCCCAGCCCGGAGCAGACACUCGUCUGCACACAGUGACUCUGAGAUUGAAGCGCCCAAACACAAAGUGCAGAUAGAGUCUGAUGGAGAGGAGGGCGGCAAGAAUAAAGGGAAGUGGAAGGCUGUAAUGCACUCCGACAGUGAGGAUGAGGUGGAGGCUCGGCCAGCGAAAGCAGCUGCAGGCAGUGACCAGGAGAAGGAGAGUCCCGCAAAACUGGUGGGGGAAGUUAGUGAGGAUGACGACGAGAUGCCAAUGAAGAGGAAGAAAGCCAUCCUGUCAGACAGUGAAGGUGAGGAGGACAAGGCUGACGAACCAGUGGUGAAGAAGAGCCGCGCCGUGUCUGACGAUGACAACUCCGACAGUGACGCAGGCUCGGAGGCGCCCGACAAAACCAUGGCCAAACUGCGGGAACUGGGAUCAGAAAGCGAAGACGAGGAUGAUGGACAGAAGGUGGAAGGAGGGAAGAAGGACGAGAAAACACUGUUUGGUAGCGACAGCGAUUCAGGCGAUGAGGAAGAGAAAAUGAUUGCAGACAUUUUUGGUGACUCUGGCGAUGAAGAGGGGGAAGAGUUUACGGGUUUCAAUCAGGAGGAUCUGGAGGGGGAUAAGAGCCAAUCUCAGGCCUCUGCGAAGAAAGGAAUGGCAGAUGACUCUGACUCUGAUGAGGGCGUGGACAGGGGUGGUGGCCAAGACACCAGUUUCAUGUCGGACUUCGACGUGAUGCUGGCUCGUAAGAAGGCCCAGAGCGGGAAGCGCCGACGGAACCGAGACGGGGGAACAUUCAUCAGUGACGCUGAUGACGUGGUCAGCGCUAUGAUCACCAAGAUGACAGAAGCUGCAGAGGAGGACAGAACACUGAACGCUCAGAAGAAGCCAGCGUUAAAAAAGCUGACCCUCCUCCCCACUGUAGUUAUGCACCUAAAAAAGCAAGACCUUAAGGAGACGUUCAUCGACAGCGGGGUAAUGUCGGCUAUCAAGGAGUGGAUCGGCCCGUUGCCAGAUAAGAGUCUUCCGGCCCUCAAAAUCAGAGAGGAUCUCCUCAAGAUCCUCCAGGAACUCCCCAGUGUGAGUCAGGAGACUCUCAAACACAGCGGGAUAGGUCGAGCCGUCAUGUUCCUAUACAAACACCCCAAGGAGUCGCGCCCCAACAAGGACCUCGCUCUCAAACUCAUCAAUGAGUGGUCCAGGCCCAUCUUUGGCCUGACAUCUAACUACAAGGGCAUGACGCGCGAGGAGAGACAACAGAGAGACCUCGACCAGCAAAUGCCGCAAAAAAGACGCCUCAGUCAGCCCCAAAAGGUGGAGAGGUCCAAGGAACCGGAUGUCUUCUCCCCGCAGCAACUCAGCUCAGGGGGACAGACUCCUCAUAGAGACCUGGAGAAAGUGCUGACGGGAGAAGAGAAAGCUCUGCGCCCAGGCGACCCUGGGUUCUGUGCCCGGGCCAGGGUGCCCAUGCCAUCCAACAAGGACUAUGUUGUGCGGCCCAAAUGGAACGUGGAGAGCGAGUCCAGAGCAGCCCCGGUUAAGAAGGGUAUGUCACGGGUGGACAAACAGUUGCGUCGCUUCGCUGACAUAAAGCGUAUGACGAAGACGGGCCACGCGGUGAAGAUCAGCGUCCAGGGCAACCGGAUGCCCCUCUGAUUUAAAUGUUCUCUUUUUUUCUUUUUUUAAAACCUUUUUCGGCUAGGUUGAGAGCAUAGCUUUCAAUACAUAGCUUUUACUGAUCUAAUAAUAUCAGAGCUGUGAUUAUUCCAAGGAAGGAAGGGAGGAUGGAAGGAUGCAAUUAUUUAAACCAUUUGAUUAGGGCCCGGAUCCCAGUUCUGUGUGCUUUAGCCAACUCCUCCAACUUGACGAUGGUGCAUGACAGCGGGUUUGCUGAAGCACAUAGAUGAGACCAUGCUAUCGUCAAACCCCCUCAGGCCAGCCUGAAUGUAUGAUAGUGGUGUGGCUUCACCGUUCUGUUUGGCUUUCGGUCCUCUAGAGAUUCACUACGGAGUGUGGAAGAUUGGUGUUAUAGCACGAUUUUAAGGUAAUUUCCAGUUGUGUCGACAUGCAGCAUAUACUGAACGUUGGCCUUAAAUUUCUAUAGCUCAGAUUUUCCAUGCUCUGUAUUGAAUGUACGUUAGGCCUUUGUUUUACUUUUGUUUCUGAAAAAGCUGUACAGACGUAGGAGCUGCCUGUAUGUCUUGACUGUGUGCCGGUUGUUUCCGAAGUUACUUUCAUAAUAAAGAGGGUUUCACCAGA